AUGCCAGAUUCCAUACCGCCCCCAGAUUACUCUGAAGUAGUCAAUUCCGAGAGAACAGCAGAGCUUAACGAGCUGUAUCCCUCUGUGCCACCUAGGAAUGAGGACUACUCGCGCAAUAAGGAGGAAGAUUUAGCUGUUGCAGAUGACCAAAUUGAAUUGGAUGCAAGUGACGGAAGCAAUGGGUCGAUGGAUAUGAACUCCCCAUAUUUCGAGGAGAUCCCUCCACGUGCAGCAGAGAAGACCUACAACUUUAAGGAUGCCGAGUUCUUCAAAACAAGUGAACGUAUACUAGAUGAUUUGAGAAAUGACCCAUUCUUUUUGCUGAGCGGAUUUGAUGUGUCGGGGGAAAUUGGAAAGGGAAUUCUAGGUGAGGAAACCGUUUACUACGCAGAAAGAUUACACGGGUUUAUCAAAAAUUCAUCCAAGAAAUACCAGGCAUUGAUCCCGGUUUCCACGUUUGACCAGCUGAACACAGCAAAGCCCGAGGAAUUGGAGGAUGGAUGGAAGUUAUGGACCGUUAAUGGUAUCAUUGCUCCAUCGCCGCAAUUGUCAAUGCCCAGACACCCACUCUUCCAUUUUAGAAUCAAGAUGAAAGGAAAGGGAAACGCCAUGCAUGUGAAACACAAGUUCUACAGCUUUGGUGAUAACCAAUUGCUGGAACAAGACAAGAAAGAUUUAAUGUUGGACGUUAUUGGAAUCAAAAAACAGGCAUCUUUUGCGUCCGACGCAGAGCAAGAGUAUAACAAUAGGGUUUUGGUGGACUCAAUUCCGCAAAUAAUAGACUCGGCGAAUUAUAUCUGUGAAUCCACUGGAACAAUUCUCAGAAUUGAACUUUAUCCAUCGGUUUUCAAUUAUGAUGACCUCAAGCAUUUUGAAAAGGAAGAGAUUGAACUUAGGGUCUCGUCUUUUCUUUCUCAGUUGCCGGACAACGGUAUCGAUAAGUUUCCUGUUCCCUCAACGAUUGACUGCUUGAACACAUUGUUCAAAGUUCUGAAAGGUCCACUUACCAACUUAGACACAGACGAUAUCAAAACCCUCAAGCCAAACAAUUCCGUUGUCUUGAGAUUGCAUUUACAAUUGGAGCUCCUGCCUUCCAAAUUGUUCUUCAGAGAAAUAAAUGAUGAGCUUCAACCACCUCGAUUUUCAGAUUUGGGUCAGUAUAUGAAAGUUGGAUAUGACUAUUACCUGAGGGCUCUGACAGAAGUUCUGUACCUAGGAUCUAUAUUUUCUCCAACGUCAGAGUUUUUCAAAAUCAAAACCACGUUUCAAUCUGAUAUGGCCCAAGUGUUCAGAAUUUUAAACGAGCCUGACCUCUCCAGUCAGCUACAGUACUGGGAUAAAUUUCAGUACAUUACCGCUAUGACUGCUCUUAGUAUUUGUCCAUACUAUACGGACAACAUGAUCAUAGAUUGUUAUUCGAUUAUGACUAACCUGAAUCCUGACAAUACGCCGGAGCUCUUUGAUGCCUUGACGUAUUGUGCUACAUCAAGACAAGGAAAUGAUCUAUCGAUGUUUGUUGCCACACUCAGAUCCAAGGGCGUGGUAGGUUUCAUGGAGUUGAGAAGCUGUUUCCAAAAGUUUGGCUUUGACAUCACAAACCCUGAGGUCGUACGGACUUUAACUGACGACCAACUCAUAUCUUCAUACAAAAACAAUGUGAUUGUCAGCUCUACAAAGUACGAACGUUCGACCUUUAGAGAGGCCUUAGAGAAGGUUGGCCAAUACCGAGAAAGCACAAAGAUUCGGAAUUUUCUGGAUACGGAGCCCUUGUUUGAUGUUUCCGAGGCAUACGAAACGCUCGAAACAGACCCAUCAGUGGACGAUGAUGUUCUAAUUACCGCUUUUCAACUUAAAGCGGAGGAUUCCGUCUAUUACUCUUCCUUAUACGCUAGAGCGCUCAUGACCAUUGCGCUACAGAGAAAGAGCCCUAUGCUAUUUAGUUACAUCCACGCAAGCCUUCCACAAUUUGCUCAAUCGAUUCCCUCGCUGGAGGAGGCAUACGAGCUGAUUGGCUGCGACCAGUAUGCAGACGACUCCUCAGUGGUUAGAAUUUUCCAGGAGAGAGUGGCCAAAGAGAUGAACGUUGAUUUCUAUCGUCUUUGGGUUUGCUUGAAGGUGAUUGGAGAGGCGAAGAAAUCCAAGUUGAUAGAGGGAUUUCUAAACUCUGGAGUCAUGGAUUCCAGACUACUUUCCGUGGAAAAGACGCCAGCCGGAUUGAAUAAUAUUGGAAAUACGUGCUACCUCAACUCGUUGCUGCAAUACUAUUUUGUCAUUGAGCCUUUGAGAAGCCUGAUUUUGCAAUUCAACAAGACACUGAAGAGGCACAAAAUUGAAAAUGAUGAAAACUACCUUGUCCGGAGAAUUGGAGGAAGGACUGUUGGAUACAAAGAGAUUGAAAGAUCCUACCAGUUCAUGUAUCAACUGAGGGACUUGUACGACAAGAUGAUUCAUGAGAAUACAAGAUGCGUCCAGCCGACUAGGGAACUUGCUUAUCUUGCUUUCAGUCCUAUAAGUGACGAGGUCGAGUUCGCAGAGGAUACGGGCGACCCAGAAGAUGCAGUGAUGGGUGACGAUGAGGAGCAAUCCGAAGUUCAAGAGCAUGGAGAGGUGAGUAUUGAGUUGGUUGAAAAAGCAAAGCACGAUGAAGAGGUGCCUGAGACCAAGCUAGAUGAUCAUUCCGUAAUGGACGUGGAUGAGAAGACUCCUUCAGCACCACAAAAGACUACGCUUCAUAGUGCAGCUACGGCCAAAAUUAGUGCAGAUCAAAUUGAAAACGCUCUUGAGAUAGGAAGACAACAAGACGUGACAGAAUGUAUUGAAAACGUGCUGAUUCAAAUAGAAAGCGCGCUCGAGCCUGAAAAUUUGGACUCAGACAAUGAGCAGAUUGAUCUUGUCAAACAGCUCUUUUAUGGAAAGACAAAGCAAAUUUUGAUGCCCGUUGAUCCAGUGACUAAAGAGGAACUCAGUUCUGCUAGAGCACGGACGAAAGAAGAAAGAUUUUUGAAUCUCAUUGUCAAUAUUGGUGAUCACCCGAGAGACAUUUAUGAUGCCUUAGACACGUACUUUACCGAGGAUUUGCUUCAGCUGGACAAUGAAGAGGUCAAAAGGUCUCUCACAAUCACCGAGCUUCCAAAGAUUCUGCAAAUUCAGAUACAAAGAGUUCAAUUUGAUCGAGAAAGGCUUAUCCCUGUGAAAUCAAUUGAGCCGCUUCCAUUCAAGGAAGACCUUUACAUGGACCGGUAUAUGGAGACUACAGACAGUGAGCUUAUCUCAAAGAGAAAGGAGGUUUUCAGGUGGAAACGGCAAAUUGCCGAACUUCAAGAACGCCGGAGAAAGCUUACCGAACCUAAUGAGCAUGGUCUGCCUCUUCGGGAUGCUCUUGAUUCUACUAGGCAAUUCCUUAGGUCACAGAUUCUCAACGAUAUCGGGGUUCUAGUUGAUUCGAACAUAUUGGAGGUUCUUGAUGAACAGAUUUCGAAAAUUGACGAGCAAUUAAACUUCAUUAAGAGCGAGGUCGAGAGAUUACAAAACCUGAUAACUAAUCAGUUCAGUGAUCUCACCAAUAUUGGAUACUCAGUGUUUGCAAUCUUCAUCCACCGGGGACAAGCUUCCUAUGGUCAUUACUGGAUUUACAUCAGAGAUCCAAAGUCCAACCUUUACAGGAAAUACAACGAUGAAAUAGUGAGCGAGGUGCCAAUAGAAGAAGUGUUGAACUUCAGCGAGAACAACAGCGCAACUCCAUAUUAUCUUGUCUUCGUGAAGAACGAACUUCUGGACGCGAUCCAGCCUCUCAAAAGGGAAAUUAGAGAGAGUUACCAACACGUUCCGGAUCAAUGA